CGCGGCCGGGCAAAUCCAAUUCCAAUCGAGCGCGGCCGGCGGUUCCCUUCCCCCAAAUCAAAAUCCCGUGCCGGCCGGCGGCGGCGAGGGGACGAUGCGGACCCGGACGGCGGACCACCUCGAGGCCCUCUCCCUCGAGAUCGAGCGCAAGCUGCACAAGGCUAUCACCUCCAACUCGCAGCGUCUCCAGCUGCUGCAGCAGCUCUUCGCCGACAUCGCGCUCAAGGUGGACGACCGCGCUCGAGAUAAGAUUAUAAGCACGAGCAAUGAGGGCAUUGCUCCAGUAGAUGAACGAGAAGACAGCCACUUGUGCUUCUAUGAGAUUCUUGCAAAUCACUUCGUAAAAGUACCUGAAAGUGGGAAACGAAUACUUGAGUUGAUAGUGCAACUCUGGAGCCAGUCCUUUGCAGCCAAUAUAUUUGCACUUCUUUUUCAUAGAUGGUUGUUUGAAGUUCCUCUUGAUGGGAAGGAAGUAUCACUAAGAUACAGCUCUGCUCUUGUCCAAGGAGCCACUAAUGUUUUUUGGAUUGACAUUCAAACCAAUACAAGGCACUUCCUCCCGCUGUAUCAUUACCUCCUUGAAGAAGUCGCUUUAGUUCCAGAUCAACUGAGUAAGAUAUCGCCACAGGCUGGUAGAAAUCUGUUCUUCCUCCUCUCCAGAUUCAUGCUGUUCUAUGAUCAGGAUCACCUGCUUGCGAGUUUUCUUGAGCAUUUCCCUGCUUUUCCAAAUUCUUUCUUGGUUGGUGGAGCUGCAGAUUACUUUGUGAUUGAACUAACUGAUCAGCUCCAGAAGCUAAAAGUGGAGCCAGUACUGCUGCACUACCUUUCCCGCAUGACCAUCCUUCAAUGCUGGGAAUUGAGGAUGAGUACAAGCACCAGACUGAAGUCCUGCCUUUACAGUUUCACAUCACCUGGAGGCCCUGCCUACCCAACAAGAGCUGUCCGGCAUGCAGCCUGGAAUACGCUGGACUUACUUUUUCCCGUGGGUCGCUAUCCGAGGCAUGUGAUAAGUCUGUUCUUCCGUCUGCUCUAUCCGUGGUACUGGCCUUCUUCCUGCUGGAACUUCGUCAUGACUUGUGUGAGGACCAUCUACUACUACCUCCUGCAUCUUCUUGUCUCGAUGUGGGACGACUUCAGGAGGCCCAGACACCAAAGAGCGCACAGAGAAUGAGGAAAUGGUGGCCGAAACACGUCUAGAAUCCAUUGUUGUUGUUGUUGUUAUUGUUGUUGUUCCUUUUGUUUCAGUUUCAAUAGUAGGUAGGCUAGUGGCUGCAUCAUGUGUUUGUUAUCAUGAAACAUUUUUUUGGGUAAAAGUCAUGUGUUCAUUUUACAUGGAUGGAGGUGAGAUAGAGAGAUGUGCAGUAAGAGAAAAGGGUCCAAGAAUGAGAACUUCGUGUAUAUAUAUACUCCCUCAAAUAAGUGUACAUGAGGGUUUACAAAGAUAAAUUAUAAAGUUGAGUGAAAAAUACAUUGGAAA